AUGAUAUGUUUCAUGUCACUGCUCAUUGUAAUCCUAUCAAAGCCAACGUCCAGUUUGAGGUCAUACUCGAGGGUCAUACAUCCACUGAUCUCGAAGCCGGGUACCAAAGCUGGUACAUUGAAAUUUGGAGUAUAUUUAUACUUUGAUCCAUUCGGUAUUUUAUGUGCAUCCAUGCCAACACCUGCUAUCAAUUUUAUAAAAGUGGAAUUAGGCGGUUGCUGUGAAAUGGUUAAAUAG